AUGGCACUCUUCGGUCAGAGCAGUGCUGCCGCUGCAAGCUCUACUACUGGAGACACUAGCAAAGACGUCGAAGUUCAACAGAGCCAGCUCCCAUCAGACAGCAUAUCCGACCUGCAGUUCUCCCCAACAAACGACUUCCUUGCAGUAGGUAGCUGGGACAAGAAGGUCUACAUCUACGAGAUCAACAACGGUGGUGCGCAGGGAAAGUGGCUCUUCGAAUGCCAGGGUCAUGUUCUCGGGCUCGGAUGGUCGAAGGACGGCACGCGCAUAGCAGCUGGUGACUCAACCGGUAUGCUUAACAUCGUCGACUUCUGCACUGCCCCCGCGUCCGGUCAGAUCCCCGCGCAGCAAGCCAAGGCUCACAACGAAGGCAUCAAAUGCGUGCGCUGGUUCCAGUCCAACGGCAAAGACUUUGUUGCCACGGGCUCUUGGGACAAGACGGUCAAGUUCUGGGACUUGCAGGGUGCAGAGCCUGUUGCUACGCUACAAACUCAGGAGCGCGUAUACAGCAUGGACAUCAAAGACCAGUUGCUCGUGAUUGCGACAGCGGAGAGGCAUAUCCACAUGGUCAAUCUGAACGACCCAACCAAGAUCUACAAGACGAUCACGAGUCCCUUGAAGUGGCAGACGAGGGUGGUCAGCUGCUUUAGCGAUGCGACGGGCUUCGCCGUGGGGUCGAUUGAGGGACGAUGUGCCAUCCAAUACGUCGAGGACAAGGACACUAGCCUCAACUUCUCCUUCAAAUGCCACCGCCAACAAGACCCUUCCGCCCGUGACGUAGCAAAAGUCUACUCGGUAAACGCCAUAUCCUUCCACCCACAGCACGGCACCUUCAGCACCGCCGGUAGCGACGGCACCUUCCACUUCUGGGACAAGGAUGCAAAGCACCGCCUCAAAGGCUACCCCGAGGUCGGCGGCUCCAUCACCGCCACAGCAUUCAGCAAGGACGGCAAUAUCUUCGCGUACGCCAUCAGCUAUGACUGGAGUAAGGGCUACUCUGGCAAUACUGCGGGGUACCCGAUUAAGCUGAAGCUCCAUCCCAUAAUGGGAGAUGAGUGCAAACCCCGUCCGGGCAGCAAGAAGAGGUAA